AAUUUCUUCAUCAUACGUUACUUUCAGCAGCCAAUGGCCCAUCAUAAUGUGUAUAAUAUUAAUAAGCCUACUCAAAACGCACAGAUACCCGCACGCGUGUGUGUGUGUGUUUGUAAACAAACAUCUGAAACUUGUGUUGAGCAAACAAGACAAGGAACUGAGGAAGGUUGGUCGGAGAGUAUUAAUUAUUCUAGUGUGGUGAAGCGAUAGAAUACAAAUAUUUUGCAGAGUCAAGUGAGGUGGAUUACACAUUAUCCAACAACAUUGGACACCUUUUCUUUUCUUUUCUUUUCUUUUCUUUUUUCUCAAUUUCUAUGCAUUUAUGUUUCACACCUCUUCUUUUUCAAAUUGUUUUGCUUUCUUGAUCAUCAUAUAACUGAAUAUUCUGCGACAGCCCAAUACUUAUCGCUCAGAAUAUUUUAUUAUUGCACAUGUACAUUUAUAUAUUAACACAAUUUCCCACCAGCUUCUCUUCAUGGUACUGCUACCACACUAUUUAAUUGGCAUUUCUGUGUAGAUUUGCGAGUUUGCUCCUCAGAUUCUCCCUAUUUCAAAAGGGUCCCUUUUUCUUGAAUUGGUUUAUGAAGAAAGUGUGAUUUGAAGUGUGGGUUUAAGAAGGUAUUUUAAGUUCGAUUUAGAUCAGAUGUUAGCUGAGAAUUGAAUUUCCGAUGGAUUCAGGGAGGCCCGUGAUGGAUAAUGAAGGAUGGAGUGGCAAACACACAGUAAAGAAAGAAUCUUGGCGAACGGUAUUCGCAUUGGCUUAUCAGAGUUUGGGAGUUGUGUAUGGGGAUUUAAGCACAUCUCCAUUGUAUGUGUACAAGAGCACUUUUGCAGAGGACAUUCAACACUCUGAAACCAAUGAAGAGAUAUAUGGGGUUCUAUCCUUCGUGUUUUGGACACUGACUUUGAUACCACUUGUUAAGUAUGUCUUCAUAGUGCUUAGAGCUGACGACAAUGGUGAGGGUGGGACUUUUGCUCUUUACUCCUUGCUGUGCCGCCAUGCCCGAGUGAGCACCCUGCCCAAUGGGCAGCUUGCUGAUGAGGAUUUGUAUGAAUACAAGAAAGAAAAUAUUGAAUCUAGUAGUAGUAAUGGUGUUGGUUUGAGAUUGAGGUCAGCAUUGGAGAAGCAUAGGGUGCUGCAGAGGGUUUUGCUCACUCUGGCUCUGCUUGGGGCUUGUAUGGUGAUUGGGGAUGGAGUUCUUACUCCUGCAAUUUCGGUGUUUUCAGCAGUAUCAGGAUUGGAGCUUCUUGUUUCAAAGCAUCAUCACCAAUAUAUAGAGGUUCCAGUUGUUUGCAUAAUUCUGGUGUUCCUAUUUUCUUUGCAACAUUUUGGGACCCAUCGGAUCGGAUUUCUGUUCGGACCAGUCGUGAUAACCUGGCUGUUGUGCAUCAGUUCGAUUGGGGUGUACAAUAUUUUCCAGUGGAAUCCCCAUGUUUACGAGGCACUCUCUCCUUAUUACAUGUACAAGUUCUUGAAGAAGACCCAGAGACAAGGCUGGAUGUCGUUGGGCGGGAUCUUGUUAUGUAUAACAGGUUCGGAAGCCAUGUAUGCUGAUCUUGGUCACUUUUCCCAGUUGUCCAUCAAGGUAGCGUUUAGCUUUGUGGUCUAUCCAUCUUUAGUCUUGGCUUAUAUGGGACAAGCUGCUUAUCUUUCCACACAUCACAUAAUCGAGAACGACUACCCCAUCGGGUUCUAUGUUUCAGUUCCCGAAAAGCUGCGUUGGCCGGUGCUUGGAAUUGCUAUACUCGCAGCCGUGGUUGGAAGCCAAGCCAUCAUCACCGGGACCUUUUCCAUCAUCAAGCAAUGCAGCGCUCUUGGUUGCUUCCCGAGGGUCAAGAUAAUCCACACGUCGUCUAAGAUAUGUGGCCGGAUUUACAUCCCAGAAAUUAACUGGACUUUGAUGCUGCUUUGCUUGGCUGUUACAAUCGGCUUUAGGAAUACGAAGCACAUCAGCAAUGCAUCGGGUCUGGCAGUGAUAACAGUUAUGUUGGUGACAACAUGCCUUAUGUCUCUUGUGAUCAUACUCUGCUGGAACAGAAGCGCCCUUCUCGCCAUCGCAUUCGCGCUCUUCUUCGGCUCCAUCGAGGCGCUCUACUUCUCGUCCGCGUUGAUCAAGUUCCUCGAAGGCGCUUGGGUCCCGGUCGCCCUGUCUUUUGUCUUCCUCGUCGUCAUGUUCGUCUGGCAUUACGGCACCAUGAAAAAGUACGAGUUCGAUGUACAGAACAAGGUCUCCCUCAACUGGCUCCUCCGUGUCGGCCCGGACCUCGGUGUUGUCCGUGUCCGAGGCAUCGGCCUCAUCCACACCGAGCUCGUCUCCGGUAUUCCAGCCAUCUUAUCCCAUUUCGUCGCGAACCUCCCUGCUUUCCACCAGGUUCUGGUCUUCUUCUGCGUCAAGUACGUCCCGGUGCCUCACGUUCGGCCGGAGGAGAGGUUCCUCGUCGGAAGGGUCGGCCCGAGGGAGUACAGAGUGUACCGGUGCAUAGCUCGUUACGGGUACCGCGACGCCCUCUUGGACGACGUCACGUUCGAGGAGGACCUCGUGGGCACCAUAGCCGAGUUCAUCCGGUCGGAACGAAAGCAUCACGAGCACUCCGAGGAUGGCUUCGAGGGCAAAGAUAGGAUGACUGUGGUAGGGAGACCCUCUGCGUUUAAGAUAGGGGAUGAUGCCGAGGUUCCGAUGAAGAGGGUGAGAUUCGUGGUGCCGGAAGUGGACAAACAAGGGGAGGCGGAGGUGGAGGAGUUGAUGGAGGCGAGGGAGGCGGGGAUGGCGUUUAUACUCGGGCAUUGCCACGUGAAGGCGAAGGCGGGGUCGGGGUUGAUGAAGAGGAUCGCCAUUGAUGUGGGGUAUGGUUUCUUGAGAAGGAACUCGAGGGCACCUACAUAUAUGAAGAGCUUUCCUCAUGCAUCCACUUUGGAGGUAGGAAUGAUUUACCAUGUAUGAGUGUGAUGAUACAGAGAUAAUACAUGUUCCUAGUUAGGUGUAAAUAGUGUUUCAUCUCUCUAUGUCGAUCCAACUAAACCAAAGUAACUCUUGUAUCUUGCUCUUGCAUGUAAUAUCUAAAAACAAUGUCGUUUUGAAAAGAGCUUAAAAAAUGCAAAAAUUCACAA